GCUUGGUCCUCUCAAAAAAUUUUCCUACUCCGUUUUUCUCUCCAUCUCGUAUUCUUUACAUAGCCUUCUCCCCGGCUCCCUGCCUCUCACACACAACACAUAUCACCAUCACAAUAGAAAAAACAAUGGCUCCCACGGAAGGUAUCCCCGAGGUUGCGGCUGCUGCCGAGAUCAAGAAGGACGCUGUUGCCGAGCAGCCCAAGUUGGACCUCCCUCACCUGUCCGAGGGCGAGGCGGCCAAGGUUGUGAAGCAGGUCAAGCACUACUUCACCGACGCGAACCUCAACCACGACAACUACAUGGUCAAGAGCCUUAAGGAGGAGGACGGAUGGAUCAAGGUCACCCAGCUUGCGCGGUUCAACCGGAUCCGCCAGCUGCUGGGCGUGCCGACCGAUGCGCCCCAGCAGAAGAAGCGCGGCAAGCAGCCCCGCUUCGUCCCAGUUCCUGAGGAAUUCAUCCAGCUGCUGGGCAAGACAAUCAAGGAGGGUCUUGCUGGCGAGGAGACGCUGGAGGUGAAGGAGGACGGUUCGGCGAUCCGGCGCACUGUCGAGUUCACGCCGUCGGGCGACUGGUACGAGCGCACUGUGCACUUCAAGGGCCUUGACUACGGCCGCGAGAACCCCGAUCUUAUCGACGAGCUGACCGACUUCUUCAGCGCCAAGGGCAAGGUGAUGCUUGUGCGCCUGCGCCGCAACCCCAAGACCAAGGCGUUCAAGGGCAACGUCCUCGUCGAGUUCGACACCAAGGAGGCUGCCGAGGAGGUCUCGAAGCUGACUGACCUCGAGUACAAGAGCAAGAAGCUUGAGCCGGCUAUGCUGUCCGCAUACCACGACGAGAAGCAGGCUGCCGACGAGUAUAUCCAGCCCGAGCUGCAGAAGCCUGGCGCCGAGUACCAGUCGUUCGAGGACUACUGCAAGGCGCAUGGCCGCGAGGUGCCGGCUAUCCAGGGCGAGCGCAAGCAGAAGCGCGAGGAGCCCAAGGAGGUCGAGGUUGAGAUUGAGUCGCUGGUCAAGUUCUCGGGCGUUGAGGGCGAGGUCGGCUUCCCGCAGCUCAAGGAGCUGUUCAACACUGUUGGACCGGUCCGGUUCAUCGACUACGAGCGCGGCAGCCCCGAGGGCAUUGUGCGGUUCCGCCAGCCCAUCGCCAAGGAGGUCGUCGAGAAGAACGCUGAGGGCAUCAUGAUGGACGGGCUCACGCUCAAGCUGGCCGAGGUUGAUGAGGAGGCCCACAAGGCAUUCGUGGAGCGCGCCAAGACUGCUGUCGAGAACUCGUCGGCGCGCGGCGGCAACGACAGGAAGCGCCGGGGCAACUUUAGCGGCGGCCGCGGUGGCAAGCGUGGACGCCACUAAGCUCCCCCAGGACUUGGCUGGAUGCGAUAUCGAUAUUUCUUUUUUAAAAUACAUGAUGACAUGGGAAUGUAACCUCGCAAAAGUC